GCGCUCGGCCCCCUCUGACGGCCCGGCCGAGGGAGGGAGGCCCGCUCUGCCGCUCCCCCUCGGACAACUCCGUCUCUCUCCGUGCCCCGGGCUUUCCGGGCCGCCGCCGCAGUGACGGGAAGGGGCGGCGGCGGCUGCUAAUGGCGGGCCGCGGGCGGGAGCAGCUGGAGCUGGAGCGGCUGGGCGAGGCGGAGCGGGCCGGCUCCUGCCCGCCGUCGCCGCCGCUCUCCGCCUGUUCGCGGCAGGCCUGGAGCCGGGACAACCCGGGCUUCGAGCCCGAGGAGGAGUCGGCGGCAGCAAGGCCGGUGCUGGAGAUGGACGUGGAGUGGGGCAGCCCCGCGGCCGGCGCUUCGUCGUCGCUGGGCAGCGGCGCGGCCGGUCAGGCCGGCGGGCGGCGGCAGCGGCGGCUCCCGGCGGGGCGCGGCGGGGCGGAGGCACCGGGCCGGCCUCAGGGACCGCCCGACGGCGCCGCGCCCCACCGGGCGGCGUGGGCCAAGCGGCUGGCGCGGCGUCUGCGAGGUCUGUGGGGAACAAGACUCAUGGAAGAAAGCAACACCAGUAGAGAGCGAUACCUGAAAAGUGUUUUACGGGAGCUGGUUACGUAUGUGAUUUUCCUAGUGGUCUUGUGUGUCCUGACUUAUGGGACAGUGAGUUCCAGUAUGUACUAUCACACAAGGGUUAUGUCUCAACUCUUCCUGGAAACACCUGUAUCGAAAAUGGAGAAAACUGAUUUCAAAACUUUGUCUACCAUGGAUGACUUCUGGAAGUUCACAGAAGGCCCUUUGCUGGAUGGUCUUUACUGGGACAUGUGGUACAACAACAAAACCAGGGCAGAAAACAAAAGCUUCAUUUAUUAUGAGAACCUGCUCCUAGGGGUGCCUCGCAUUCGGCAGCUGAAAGUAAGAAAUGGUUCGUGCUCAAUACCUGAAGAUUUGAAGGAUGAAAUCAAAGACUGCUAUGAUGUCUAUUCUGUAGCAAAUGAAGAUACUGCUCCUUUUGGGCUUCGAAAUGGAACAGCUUGGACGUACACCACUGAGAAGGAUUUGAAUGGGAGCAGCCACUGGGGCUUGAUUGCCACAUACAGUGGGGCUGGUUAUUACCAAGACCUUUCACGGACCAGAGAAGUGACAGCAGUGCAGAUUGCCAGCCUUAAGAAGAACCUGUGGCUGGACAGAGGGACCAGAGCAGCUUUCAUUGAUUUCUCUGUAUACAAUGCAAACAUCAACCUAUUCUGCGUUGUCAGGUUGUUAGUGGAGUUUCCAGCAACUGGAGGCCUUGUUACGUCUUGGCAGUUUCAGCCAGUGAGGCUGAUUCACUAUAUCUCCACUUUUGAUUUUUUCCUGGCAGCCUGUGAAAUGGCAUUUUGUCUUUUUGUUCUUUAUUACAUGGUGGAAGAGAUCUUAGAAAUUCACAUUCAUAGGUUGCACUACUUCAGAAGUCUCUGGAAUUGCCUCGAUAUCCUUAUCAUUGUGCUCUCCGUGGUAGCUAUAGGAAUUAGCAUCUAUAGGAUGUCAACUGUUGAUAUGCUCCUGAAGAGGCUGCUGGAAGAUCAGAACUCAUUCCCCAAUUUUGAACCUUUGGCAUAUUGGCAAAUGCAAUUCAACAACAUUGCCGCGGUCACUGUGUUUUUUGUCUGGAUUAAGCUUUUCAAAUUUGUUAACUUCAACAGAACGAUGAGUCAGUUAUCCACCACCAUGUCUCGCUGUGUCAAAGAUGUCAUUGGCUUUGCUAUUAUGUUUUUAAUUAUUUUCUUAGCAUAUGCUCAGUUGGCCUAUCUUGUCUUUGGCACUCAAAUUGAUGAUUUCAGCACUUUCCAGGACUGCAUAUUUACUCAGUUCCGCAUCAUUUUGGGAGACUUCAACUUCACAGAGGUUGAAGAAGCUAAUCGAAUUUUGGGACCAAUUUAUUUCACUACAUUUGUGUUCUUUAUGUUCUUCAUUCUUUUGAACAUGUUUUUGGCCAUUAUCAAUGAUACAUACUCUGAAGUCAAAUCGGAUAUGGCACAUCAGAAGGCGGAAAUGGAACUGUCUGACCUUAUCAGAAAGGGCUACAACAAAGCCAUGAUCAAACUUAAACUGAAGAAAACUACUGUUGAUGACAUUUCAGAAAGUCUGAGACAAGGUGGGGGAAAACUAAAUUUUGAUGAACUUCGGCAAGAUCUAAAAGGGAAGGGGCACACAGAUGCAGAGAUUGAAGCAAUAUUUACCAAAUAUGACCAGGAUGGGGACCAGGAACUGACAGAGCAUGAACAUCAGCAGAUGAGAGAUGACCUGGAGAAAGAGAGGGAGGAUCUGGACCUGGACAGGAGCUCUCUUCCACGUCCUCUGAGCAGCCGCAGCUUCCCCCGGAGCCUGGAUGACUCCGAGGAGGACGAGGAUGAAGACAGUGGACACAGUUCCAGGAGGAGGGGCAGCAGCUCUAGUGGGGUUUCCUAUGAAGAGUUCCAAGUACUCAUGAGACGGGUCGAUCGCAUGGAGCACUCAAUUGGCAGCAUCGUCUCCAAGAUUGACGCAGUUAUUGUGAAGCUUGAGGCGAUGGAGAGAGCCAAACUGAAAAGGAGGGAUGUUUUGGGCAGACUGUUGGAUGGAGUGACAGAGGAUGAAAGACUGGGCCGUGACAACGAAAUACACAGGGAACAAAUGGAGCGUCUCGUGCGAGAGGAGCUGGAGCGGUGGGAGUCGGAUGAUACGGCGUCCCAAAUGAGCCAUCGUCCGGGAACGCCGCUCGGGCUGAACGGCCAGCCCCGUUCCAGGAACUCUCGGCCGUCUUCCUCCCAGUCGGAUGGUAUCGAUGGAGGAGGAGGAAACGGGGGGAAUAACAUCCAUGUGUAGGAUUAAUUUUGUACGUGAUUCAAAAUGUUUCAGGUCAGCGUUAAGCCAGGAAAUAACACUCCUCCACGGUUUUUCCAACAUGAGGUGAUCAUCCUGAUCAGACCCCUAAGUUUCACUGGUGGGCAUAUGUGAUUUUUCAGACCUACGUAAGCCACGUGUCAAUUCAAGCUGCCAACAAUGAGACUCUCAGCCUUGGACAAGAAAAUGCAGGAGACAGAGUGGAAACCAGGUGUGACAAAAUGUACCUGGACAGAAAUUUGUGUCUGUACAUGUACUAUGGUGAACAGUUUCAUGAGGGCAGCAAGUUUCAGGCAAAAUACUGUGCUGUGGCUAGAGCACUCAAAUGAAGGGCUGUGUGUUUUCUGCUUUCUUUUGUAAAAUACAAUUUUAAGUACUUUAAAAAGCAAUUUAUAAAAGAAAAUUGCGUCAGUUUAUUGUCUUAGUCGUUAUUAGAGCUGACACUUUUCAAAGAGAUAAAACAACACUUUUUCUACUUCGGGUUUCUGCCUAUUUUUCUGACUCUUGGUGUACUAAAAUUUUAAUUGAUUUAAGAUGUUAAUUUUUUUCCUGUUUUUGAGAAAUACUAUGUUUCUUUAAACAGAAGAAAGUGGGCUUAGUUUGUACAACUGUAAAUCACAUUAUUCUGUUAUAGAAACCGUAUGCAUUAUGUAGUUUUGCAUUUCAUUAGCAUUUCAAAAGUAGUACUUGGGAACUGCCUCUUCACACCCAACUAGCGUAACAAUUUUCAGCUUGGUUACACAAGUGCCCAUUUUUUAAUGCUGUGUUUUCAUGAUCCGAGUGUUCCAGGGAUAAACAUUCUACAGUUUCUUAGGCAAAGAUGGUUACUUUCUGGAAAAUAUAUUUUUUUAAAAACAAUUGAAGAACACUGUCUCUUCCUUGGGUCUGACAGGAAAGGGGGCAGAGAAGUUGCUGACAGUUGGGAAAAAUCUGGUCUUGUGGUCUAUCAAGUUCUAAUAGCCUCUUGACAAUAUCUGUAUUUACCUGUAAUGGUUUUCAGUGUACUCACUGAUUUUUAGUAUUUAAUCUCUUCUGCUUUCUGUGUCAUAGAAACUUUCUUUUUGAAAGGAGAUGCAACACUGAAAUUAUGUUUGUUUCCUCCAGGAAGUGUUUGUGGGUUUGCCCAGCAAAAUGUUUCAGUGUGUGGCACGCCAGCUUAGGAGGGAGGUUGGCAAUUGUGCUUUUUUCCUGAAGAUGGCACUUGUCUUGUAUUUAGAGACUUAGAGUUGUUGUAAAGGAAAACGGAAAGCUACGUAAUCAAACACCUUAGCUAUUAGUAGGGUAUAUAGAGGAAAAAAUGUCUUGUUUGACCAUGUAUAUAUAUGUUAUGUUGGUGCUUUUUGUUUAAAAAGCAGUUAUUGCCAGGGAUUAGCACCUUAUUCUUUGGGAGUACAGCCUGGGCAAAGCUACGUCUUGCAUAUGUUCUUACAACUGUAUUGCCUGGAUGUACAAUGCCUCAGAAUGCCUUCCCUCUAACCAGAGGACUUGCUAAAACUAAAUAGACUUUAUGCCUUUCCCUGUUUUAAGUUUCUGAGAAACCAUAAGAACAGAGGCAUAAUUAAUGUAAAGUGGAGCAGGAGAGAGUUCAGUGUGGAGACUGGAAUUUCUUAGUAGCUUUGGCUCGAGAACAGAAUGACCAGGGAUUCUUGUCAGGUAUUUUUUCUUUCUGUGGGUUAUUUUGUCGUGUACUAGGAAGAAAUUCAUACUCUUUCACAACAGACCCCAUCAGCUUCCCAAAACAGUCCAGUGCACAGUGGUUAAGGCAUAUUUGUGAAGCCAGAGACACUAAUACUAAGCUCUGUCUUGCCUCGAUUGUAAGUUUUUGGACCUUGGAAACCUUUCUGAGGAAAGCUUUUCCAUGUUAAAAUGGCAUUUCUGACUUUUAAACCAAAGAAACAAAACCCAAAAAACCACUAGCUCUACACAUGGCCAGCUGGUGUGCCAGGAAAAUAGAAAAUACAAUACAAAGCAAUUUAAAUAUAUGUAGCCUUGUGUAGUGUCUUGCUAUGUGACAUGGUUUCCAGUCUAAACUUCGAGGCAUGCGGACUAAUUACAUGUGUGUAACAUGUAAUUGAUGUUGGGUUUCUAGGCUGAAGGGUUACCUAAAUGCUAAGAUAGUAUUUCAAAUACUCAUGUACUUAAAAUCACUGACUUUGGGCCAGAUGACCAAACUUGAGUUGUCCAGCUGUCGGCUGGAAGGUUAUGAAGAAUGUCUCAUGUUAAGGUUUGUGCCCAUGGCCUGCAAAGCACGUGGCGUGGAGCUAUAGAUGCUGAUGGAGAAGUCAUGUCAUCUGUUGGUGACACAGGGCCUUCCUGGGGGGAAAGAAGGCAAAACGCAGCCUAUUGGGAUGGUUUUUAUAUAGGUUUUUAAAUAGGUUUCCUGUUAAAAAAAAAAAAAGCUAUAUUUCAACAUGUAAAUUCAAUCACACAGCUUAUCUUGUAUUUGUAUUCUAUUUUUAUUAUGAAAAGGAAAAUAUUUGCAUUCAUAGCUGUAUUUGUUGAGGUAUAUUUCUGUAACGUGUCGUUACUUAAUAACAAACUUCAUCUUGAAGUGCAGUAGGUUUUCAUGGGGUACCCGUGCCUGUUGACAGUGGGCCUUGCAGUAAGCGCGUGGCCACUUGACAGAUGUUACAAACAUUUUAAUCAUUUUGUUUUUCAACUUUAGAUUAUAGUAUAAUUUCCCACUUAUUACAAAGGUAAGUUUUUUGCAUAGUAAUAUAAUGUACAGUGUUUGGUCUUAUUAGGAAGCUGUUAAUUAUGCAAGUCUUCUACAGUGAUCAAGAAUGUAUUGAUUUGUAAAACUGAGCACUUUACUUCCUAAUAAACGUUUUAUAUAAUCAAUAAAGCAAA